UAUCCUCAGUGGACCGGUCGACGGGACAAAAAUGGUUGCGCUAUCUAUAUAUUCCCAAUGCGGCACCUAACAAUAAAGCGGUUGGAUGCAUACUUGAAGAAUAUAUCAUCCUGCCCAACAUCGCGCGAACAUAUGGUGGACAAGCCCGACAUUACCCCUCGGGAUCUUCAUUUCCACGCCCUAUACGAGAACCUCCAACAUUUUGUCUUUCCGUUCGUCUCACAACUAGCAAGACCAGAUAUGAGCAUUCCUAUCAGCGAAUCCACACACAUCGUGGAUGUGAGCAGAGUGAGUAUACGCCAAUUCUGGAGUAUCCGGAAAUAUCUCCAAGAGGCGAGUGCGACGGCCACAGCGCACUAUCCAGAGACACUCGGUCGAGUUUUUAUCGUCGGUGCACCCGCCUUCUUCAAAUCCAUAUGGGAUAUGAUCAGUCAAUGGUUCGACCCGGUCACUCGAUCGAAAAUCUUUCUUCUCUCUUCCUCUGAUGAUGAGUCGACUCUACGCUCUUUCAUCGAUCCACCUAAUUUGCCGAAAGCUUACGGUGGCGAGUUGGACUGGCAAUGGCAGGACUUGCCGAACUUGGAUGGCCCCGCAAAAGAAUUGAUGGACAAAUUGCAUCAGGAUACUGCUGAGGGACAGGUGUUUCCAAAAGGGUCUAUAAUCUUCGAGAGGGGCUGCAUCAGGCUUCUGGGAACCAUCGAUGGGAUGCCGAGACGCGAUGGCUAUUGUCCAAAAUAG